AUAUCUCUCGGCCACCCACUCACCGACCCACGCAAACCCCAGCAGAAGCCCUCGCUCACCGAGCCCAGAGAGGAAAGGAACGGUGCGCAGUGAUGGCAUUCCACAUCUCCCCUGCGGCUCCUAUUCCUUCCCAUGUCCACUCUUCCCCUUCUCCCCCCAAUUUCUUCCAGGUCUCCUCCCCUUGCAGCAGGAGGAGGAGCCUCUUCCCUUGCCAUCCCAUCUCCCUCCCCUUCCUAUCUCCUCCUCACCCCCACGUGUCACCCAAAGCCUCCGUCCAAGCCCCCACCACCCCUCAGACAUCUCCUCUACCGUCUCCUGAUUCGUCCUCCCUCGAUGACGGUGAUGCCCGCUCCCGUCUUCCUCCUCCGAACCCCAACCCGCCCUUCAAGAACUCUAUAUGGGUCAACCCAAACAGCCCCCGCGCAUCGCGCCUCCGCCAGCGGUCCUCCGACUCCCGCUACGCCCGCCUCGCCCGUCUCGCCGCCUCCCUCGACUCCUCCGACCCCACCGAGCCCGCCGUCUCCGGCGUCCUCGCCUCUCUGGGUGACGCCCCGCCCGAGCAGGACGCUGUCAUCAUCCUCAACUCCAUGGAGAACUCCCAAAACGCCGUCCUCGUGCUUCGGUGGUUCCGGAGCAGGAUCAAACUCGAAAAGGAGGUAAUUCUCUAUAAUGUCACCCUUAAGGUGCUGAGGAAGUGUAAGGACUGGAAUGGCCUAGAGGCCCUUUGGGAGGAGAUGAUGGAGAAGGGAAUCAAGCCGGAUAACGUGACGUUUUCGACCGCAAUUAGCUGUGCCAGGCUCUGUAAUUUGCCUGCAAAAGCAGUGGAGUGGUUCGAGAAGAUGCCUGAGUUUGGAUGCCACCCGGAUGACAUCACGUACUCGGCCAUGAUUGAUGCUUAUGGCCGGUCUGGCAAUGUGGAGAUGGCUCUUGGGUUGUACGAUCGUGCCCGUAAUGAAAAGUGGAGGCUUGAUCCUGUGACUUUUGCGACGGUGAUUAGGGUUUAUAGCGUGUCUGGUAAUUUUGAUGGGGCACUCAAUGUGUAUGAGGAAAUGAAGGCUCUUGGUGUGAAGCCUAAUGUGGUAAUUUACAACACAUUGUUGGAUUCCAUGGGGAGGGCCGGAAGGCCAUGGCAAGUUAAGACUAUUUAUCGGGAGAUGAGUAGUCGGGGGUUGGUGCCUACCAGAGCCACAUAUUCUGCACUUCUACGAGCAUAUAGCAAGGCUCGAUAUGCCGAAGAUGCACUCGGAGUGUACAAGCAGAUGAACGAAAGGGGAAUGGAGUUGAAUGUGAUCCUUUACAAUAUGCUUCUAUCGAUGUGUGCUGAUAUUGGUUCUGUUGACGAAGCCGUGGAAAUAUUUAGAAAAAUGAAGGAGCUGCCAGACGGAUGCCGACCUGAUAUCUGGAGUUACUCAUCUUUGAUCACGGCAUACUGUUGUAGUGGAAAGGUGUCUGAGGCGGAGGGUUUGUUGGAUGACAUGUUGGAAGCGGGAUUUCAGCCUAAUAUCUUUGUGCUUACAUCUCUUAUUCAGUGCUACGGGAAGGCUCAAAUGACUGAUAGUGUGGUUAAAUCGCUUGACAAGCUUUUGGAGCUGGGGAUAAGACCCGAUGAUCGGUUUUGUGGCUGUCUUUUGAAUGUGGCAACACAGACGCCAGCAGAAGAAUUGGGGAAGAUCAUUGGUUGUAUCGAAAGAGCUAACCAUCAGUUGGGUUCUCUAGUAAAGAUGCUGGUGGCUGAGGGAACUGACAAUGAGACAGUCAGGCGAGAAGCUGAAGAACUCUUUCAAUACAUAAGUAGUGAAGUGAAAAAAGCUUAUUGUAACUGUUUGAUAGAUCUCUGUGUAAACCAUGAUCAAUUGGAAAGAGCUUGUGUGCUUCUGGACCUGGCAAUCCGGCUUGAGAUAUAUAGAGAUCUUCAAUCGAGAUCUCCUACACAGUGGUCCUUACAUGUGAGGAGCCUGUCGCUUGGAGCAGCUUUGACCGCAUUACAUGUCUGGAUGAAUGAUCUAGCCAAUUGCUUACAGAACGGAGAGGAGUUGCCUCCAUUACUUGGUAUCCACACAGGGCAUGGGAAGCAUAAAUAUUCAGAGAAAGGGUUAGCAUCUGUUUUGGAGUCUCACUUGAGGGAAAUCAAUGCACCAUUUCAUGAAGCACCAGAUAAGGUUGGAUGGUUUCUGACCACAAAAGUUGCAGCUCAGUCAUGGUUGGCGUCAAGGAGCUCGUCUGAUGUAGUUGCUGCUUAGGCUGCACAUUUUGGUAAAAUGAGAACUGUCCUUAAGGAUUAUUAUUUAUUCUGCUCGAAUGGGAUGCCAUUUUUAUUUCUAACACAUGUAAAUAUUCUUGUGUUACAAAUACUAGCGGUAAUCUCUACAGAUAUUUAUGCUUGAUCCUGUCAUCUUAGUUC